AUGGAGAUUUUUGAUCUCACCCAAGGUGACUCCAAUGAGGAGCAAGAGGCAUCCGAGGCAGAAGAUGAGACCUCGGAGCUGACCAUCUUUGCAGUGACAGAGAUUGCCGAGACCUAUGAGGCAAUGGAUGACGAGGAAACCUUCUAUGACUGUGAUGAGGAGUUGAAGGAUGAGUUGAAGCCUCCAUCGAUGGAAGAGACAGAAGCCCAAACCUCAGGACGCAGAGAUGAUGGAGAGGCCAAGGCCAUGGUUGAACCUAUGAAGAUUUGCAUGAUCAAGAAUGUUGUGGCCUUGGAAGUUCCCUCCGUCAUCAUGACGAUUGACUCCGGGGCAGAUGUGUCAGUAGCUCCUGAACGGUUCUACAACCUUGGAGUUCCAGGUGCAGGCAAGCCCAUUGAAAUGAUCGAUGCACAAGGAGCCAAGAUCUGCAGCAGAGGCAACCGCCGUCUACGACUUCAAGCCCAAACUCGUGAUGGUGAAGUGAUCGAAUUCAUUGAACAAUUUGCAUUGGGAGUUGGUGUGACCCAUCCACUUUUGAGCUUUGGACGGCUCCUGAAGCAGGGAUGGGGACUUUCCAAAGAUGAUCAUGGUCUUUUCCUUGAACACCCAGAGAAGACCGUGAAGAUUCCUGCAAGGUUAGAACGAAAUUCGCUUGUUAUGGAUGUGAAGAUUUGUGCAGUUCGAGCUGAAGGAGACGAACCAGAGGAACUGCAAGUCAAUGCAGUGAGUGGAGGACGAGAAGAAGCAGUUGAGAGUGGUGGUGACACAAGGCCACCAGAGCAUCCAUCCACGGCAGCAUCAGGUGAAAGUGCCGCAGCAGCCUGUGAGAAAGGUGACAAUGAAGAUGAUGAUGUGACAUUGGAGCUGAUGCACCAAUUGUCAAAUGAAGGUGAUCCUGGUCAAGAUGAAAGUCGGUCACCAGGUUACACCACAGAAGAGUCCAGCGACAUCAUGGUGAAAGGCAGCAGCAGUGAAGAUGGUAAAGUGAAGGAGAAGUUGGCCCGUUGGGAGCGAUGGAACUUCAAGUUCAAGGAGGUGAGGAAAGAACCAGUUGAGUUGUCAAGCCCUGAAGAGCAAGUUCGACCAGUCCGUGGAGCACCUCGACAGCUACACGCAUACAUAUCACGUGAACUGGGCUUGUUAGAGCGACUCCCAGGCUGGCAUGCACUACCCAAUGGGAUCGUUGUUCACUCAAAACCCAUGGCAUCACACUUCCAUGACCCAAGCUCAAGCUUUGGAGAUGAAUGGUGUGGUCGACUGACGUUGGCAAAGAUGACUGAUGGGAGUGAUCAAUGGGAGCAGUUGGAGAACCUGGCCAAUUACAAAGACACUCCACUGCCUUUCCGGCCAUUGCCACAUGGGCCACGGACAACACUGACGUUUGUGGCUCCAGGUCUGAUCAAAGACUACUUCGUCGUCACUUCGGAGGUUCCCGUCAGCCAAUAUCCAUUGCUGAAUGGAGAGCCAGCAUCAUGGCCAGAAGAUGAGCAAGAAGACCAAGAAGGUGGCGAAAUUCCAUGGCUGGCAGCUGGAGGAGGAGAAAGGCCAGAGAUUGCAGAAGAUGUGCAUUUUGUUGAUCCUGAUGAGCUUGAGGUCAGCAUCGAUGAACUGACGUUCAACAAGGACAACAAGCUGAAAGAUCUCCAGGACAUGUGUCGAAAGCUUGGGUUGCCUACUUCAGGGUCGAAGGUGAAGGUGCUGAGAAGAUUGCAACAACACAAGCACCAUGAGGAGGAGAAGAUUGCCUACGAGAUUGCACAGCGCCUCUACAGUGAGCAGAGAAGAGAAGCAAUCCCUGUGAAGACACCCAAGCUGCCGACCAAACAUGAACAAGAGCUUCAUCAGCUCACACAUUUGCCUUUUCAGGCCUGGUGUCAGCAGUGUGUAGCAACAAGAGCAAAAGAGGAUGUGAGAACUGAUGCUGACACUGCAGAUCGCAAGGAUCGUGGCCGCAACGUGAUCAGCUUUGACUAUGGCUACACAUACACCUCUGGAGCAGCUGAAGAAAAGCAAUGGGGAACUGCACUCUACGUAGCUGAAUCUGAAUCCAAAGCAGUGUUGUGUAUCCCCGUCCAGGCCAAGGGCAGUCUGUCACUCAGGCAGAUUACAGAGGAGUUGACUCGCUUCAGCAUGCAAGCAGUUGAGGAUGCUGAGGGAAAUGAGAUGAUCGAGCAAGAGGCCAAGACUGUUGGUGAAGAUGUUGCAUUGGGCAUGUAUGGCCAUGGUCCAGACACUGAGGAUGUGAGCCCGAAGCGUCAGAAGACAGCUGAAGCAGCCAAGCCAGCAACCUCAGUGGAGACAGAACGGCAUGCACCAGGAAGCAGCUCAGUGACGACUUUGCCACAAGGGUCAUUGAAGAGAGAACUGUUUUCAUUGCCUUGGGAUGCUGAAGAUGACGAGAAGCUGCGAAUGAGUCCCAAGAAAAAGGUGCGAGCCAUUCAAGAAGAAUUCCCAGGAGGUGAUGACAUGCUGGCAGAAGAAAUUUUGCAGUCAGCCCUAAACGAUGUGAGUGAAGAUGAAGAAGGAGAAGGUCAUGCAAAGGAACGACCUCCAGAUGUGUCAGAGGAGGAACUAGCAGCCUUGGAUGAUGAGGCAUGCCGCCACGAAGAACGCCGCCUGGAGCAGAUGGGAAUUCUGGAGAAGGUGAAAGAUGGCGAACCCGACGAAGAAGGAGAAGAGCCAGAAGAAAAGCAGCAGCCGCAGCAAGUGGAAGAUGAGACUGACAUCGAGAAGGUGAACAUGCAAUGGCAGAUCGUGCGGCUAGAAGUGGCAUUGGCAGAAAAUGAUGAGUAUUUGAAGGAGAUGACAGAAGAGAAGGAUAGAAUGAUGCACGAGUACCUGAGGUUCGCAGACAUGAAUGUCAACCUCAGGGGUCAGCUGGAAGAUCUUCGAGAAGAGAAUCUUGGACUGACCAACCGACUUCUUCGUAGAGGAGGAAGCCAUGAUGAGAAAGAAGAAGAAAUCCAGAGGCUGGAUGAAGAGAUCAAGCAGGUGAAGGAAGUGAAUGUGCUGCUGAAGGCACGCAUUGACGAGAUGAACCAAGCAUCCAAUUCGAGGCUGAAAGAGAGCCUUGAUGGUGUAAAGUUUGAAAUGGAGCGAAAACAGUGGAUGAUGACUCAUAGUGGUGAAUGCUACCACGCAGAGACAUGUUCACAUGUGGCCAAUCGAGCCAAGAAAACGAUACGUCCCCCAGAUUUGCCCUUCCUAUCCCGCAAGCCAGACUACCCCGCCCGCUGCAACCAAAGCGGAGGAAACCAGAUUCCGAAGAGGAAAGGGGAAGAUGAGCCACCGGGGACUUCGUCGUUGGAAGAAACAGGAGUUCAAGACUUGAGAGCCCAAUGCAAUGAAGAAGAGAUGGACGAGAUCCGGGUGUGCAUGGUGAAGAAUGAGGUCUGCGCAGUUCGAGCUGAUGACAUCGAGGGUGAGCCCAUGACGGUUGAGAAUGAGGGCAAUGGGAAUGACGGGGGAAAUGGAGACCACGUUGAGGUCCCGGAGGGUGAUCGUGGUGUGAAACGGACAGCUGAGCAGGUCGAGGAAACAAGAAGAAUGGAAGAGCAUCAGACCUUGGCCUUGAUGCAGGAGCUGUCGGAGCAGAUCCCCACUCCUGGAGGAGAUCAACCAGUUGAGGAGACACCCAUGAAGAAGUCGAAGACGGUGGAGGCAGAAGCUAGGGAGUCAGGGUCGCCCGGAUACACUACGGAGGAGUCGGGUGACGUGGUGGUGAAGCAAGCAGUGAAGAUGGAAGAGUGCAGGAGGACCACGGCCUGUGUGGCUCCAGGACUGAUUCGAGACUACUUCGUCCUGAAUUCGGGCGAGGAGGAGAAGCUGGCCUAUGAGGUGGCACAACGACUCUUUGCAGAGUUUGGUGCCAACAGUGUGUGGCUGAGGAAAGCCCCCAAAAUCCCGGAGGCCAUGAGAGGUGAACCAGCUGGCAGCUUCCCUCCAGGCAGCUUUAGCUAUUUGAUGGAGAUCAUCGAGAAGGGGAUCACGAUUCGCCCAGAUCAGCAGCACAUCAAGGAGUUGGCCACGCUGACGAAUGUGUCAUGGACGUCCAUUCGUCUCGAAGCCGCAAUAUGGCUUCUUUGGCUUGACUCUCGUGUCACGGUGGCACAUCCUUCCAGCCUCUCCACGCUGCUGGAGGCCACGGAGGCCUCACUCUCCCGAGACGAGGCCCUUCCAGCCUCGCCACGCCAGGUCAAUCGAGGCGACCUAGUGGGCCACUUGGACUUGGCUCACCUAGACACUGGCCAAGCAGAGGCCAUCCAGAUUGCAGAGAAGAAGGCCUGGUUGACAGCCUUUGUAGUUAGAGUGCAAGAUGCGACAAAGAAGCCAGGUAUAGUGGGCUGGAUGUCAAGGCAUUGGAAAGCCUGA